UGUUGUUCCUCAUAAACGUCCAUUAAAUCGGUCGAGUACGUAGGAUUAUACGAUGGAUCAUAAAGGAUAUUUUUAUCUGGCAGGGUGGAUUCCACCAAGACCAAUGGAUCAAUGUUGAAAGAUACUUUUAGAUCUGAGGUAUCCUCGAGGAAUCUACUUCCACGUCCAUUUCUUUCAUUUUAUUCGAAAUUACCCUCUCUUCGAGUAUUUUGGCGCUCUUCACAGGAGUAUACAAGUUGUCUAAAGACGUCGACAUACUUUGCCGUAUUCAGAAUGUUCUUCCACGUUUAUGCAUCUCGUAACGAGCAUAGGUACACUGUCAUAGAAUUAUGGACAUAUUGGGGAGGCAUUUGAUGAGGUAGGAAAAUUAAAUAGGUUUAAAACUCGAGGAUCCUCGAAUCGGAUUAAAUCAGACCAAAUUUGAAUAAGUUGAUCAGGCAUGCAAAUUCUUCUUGUAUAUUUUUACCUAGCAAUCUCGAGGCAUGGCUCAUUAUCUAUGGUAAUUCCUAUCUCCCCUCAUCAGCCAGUGCAAAAAAUUAAUUAACGUCAUCCAAUAGGACAUUUCGUUUUGUAUUUUGCCACCAUUAGAAGCAUGCACGAAUAUUCCUCAAGGUUUUAUUAGAAUUCGUUUAUCGUAUGAAUAAGCAGCAACUGUUAUUUCAAAGCUCGAUUCCCCUUCAUUAUGGCUAGGAUACAGGAUGUUUCGCUUCGAUUGCUAUAUCGUGCGUCGUGUUAAAAAGAAUGAGGGUAUAAAAUAGGUGAAUUAAAGAUCCAAUUUUACUAAACUUCUUCAGAAUUUGCGUAUCAAACGAGCCGUGACUAGUCGCACAUGUCGCUAUAAUUCUAACAGCGCGUGCCCUAAGGGUUUCGUGCCCCAUUCGAAGGGCGGCUCAGGGUGGAAAAGACCGCAGGGUUGCACGUGACUGCACGGCAGACCGGAUGCGAUUUUUUUCGUUUCACUAGGGAAUUGCCCAGGAGACCGUGGGUCUAAUUCGCCGCGUUAAUGUUACGCGAUGAUCGUUGGAAACCGUGAGCAGAAAUCGAGCCUCAGCGUGUAAUAACAUUAAAAAAGAAAUGCAACGUGGAGCGGAACCUAAAGAGAUCAAAGGAUUAAAAAAUACUAUCUUCUGGUAUCACUGAAAGCUUCAAGCCAUCGGGUUUUCAUUUACUACCCGAUGCACGUCCACGUUAUCUGCUCUUACACGGCCAUUUAACCUACCUAAACAAGUCUCAGCAUUCUUCACCUUAAACUUUCAACAAAUAAAUCACAGCUUACGAGGCAAUCGCCUCGAGUUCAACGCAUUCUUCUCGCGUCUAACAACGAUCGUCUUCACGUAGCAGCAGAUGCUUGGUGUACUCGCUUCCUGGUUCCCUUAGACGUCUAGAGUCUCCGCCUGCUUGAUUUACGAACGACGAAGAGGGGGAUCGAUGACAACCGGUGUACAUCCGUGGAAAAGAAGCUUCCUGGGACCGCGCAGAUGCACACUGCGAAAACGCACGUGCCAUGGACAAUGGACCAAUUGCGUGCAGAAGAGACGCUCCUCGACACUUCUGGAGACCUCUUCUUCGACAAUGGGAGCAAGGAGACCCUGCACGUUACCUGUGAGAGUCGAGAUUGGAAUCGAAUCGUCAUGAACAUUAAUCUGAUACGACAGUCGAUGGAUACCAAGAAUUUUAUGACAGACGUUUCCACGUGGACACUAUGGAAAAGCGGUAUCGAAGGACAAUGGCGACAGCUGGAUCGCAGAUCGAUCUAUUGAAUGGUUCAAGAACAGAAACGAGGGAUUAAAUGUGGGAAUUGGAACGAGGAAAAUGUGGAAAUUGUGAUUUCGGGAUAAGCUCGACACAUUGUUACCAGCCUAACGUUGAAUAGAUCCUGCUCAAAGCACAGGGUGACCAUUCUGGUGUCGUGGAACAAGGAAGGGCCAUUAUAGUACAACAUAAUUUCCAAAUUACAUGCAACUAAAUAACCAUUCGAUAUUAAAUAAUUUUAAUAUUGGAAAAAUAAUUUUCAGAUCUAACUUGAUCGGAGGAAAAUUUAUGCAAAUGAUGGAAACGAAGUACAGAGACGUAGAUACCAAGAUUUAAAUUUUACCAUAUCUCCCCAACCGUGAUAUAAAAUAUCACCAGGAUCUAUAAUGCGCCAUUGAAAAUUCAAUUUGCAUUCUCCAGUGCAACACAAAUCCAGCAAUUUCAUCCUUGGAAAGAAGAAGUAAUCCAACACGACCCAGACCCUCUCUGAAAAAGAAAACAAAGGAAUUCUUCGACAGUCCAUUCGACUUUUUCCCCCUCAGUCGAUACAAGGAAUCGGAACGAAAGAAACUGUCGCGUCGCGAUUCGAAAGGAGCAGCUGUCGAAAUCACAAACCGAUCUUCCAUGGAACAGAGCAAGCCGGAGAUUAAAGGGGAGGAUCCAGAGAAGGGAAAACCACCCCGAUGCGGGAGCGUGCCCCCGCCAAAGAGCCCUCGUGCAGCCGAAAAACGAGCACGUGCUGUUGCGGGGUGGACCCCCAGAUCAGGGAUCUCCAACCACUCGAUGUACGCGUAGAACUUUGAAAUUAAUUCGCGUUACCUUAAUCAGGCAAUUAAGAUGGAGCAGGCUUGCCGAGGAUAAAGUAGUAGCUUUACUUUCUUCGCCAUGGUGCAUGCUUUCUUCGAGGGACAAGAUGAACAAGAGGUAGGAAUAUUCGUCAAAACUGCGCAUAUCGGACUCUGAAAGUUGGAGAUCCCUGGGCAAUCGAAGAAUAGGGUUCCAGGGGUUGCAGCAGCGAGCAGGCGGUUCGUAGGAUUCGCAGUUUGCAUUAUUAAUCUCGAAUUUUAAUUGCUCGUUCGGUAAGUGUGCAUUGUACAUAUUGUCACUAUUAUCCAUCGUUACUCUAAUUAUUAUUAUAUUGACAACCGAGUAUUGUAACUAAAAUUUUCAACAAGCUAUCAACAGAAUACAUCUACUUACACUUCCUUGUAUAAAUUUCAGAUAAUACGUUAUCAUCCAAGUAUUUAAUAUCCAUUUACCAUAUAAAAUAUUCCAAUUCACCCCAAUACUAUAAUUAUCAUAUGUCCUACACAAAACAUCCCUAUCUGAAAAGCACGCACUAACAGCUUUGAGUGGCACGCUGGCGGGGGACGCUGGCUUCCGGGGGUAGCGUGGACGCCAGUGGCUCAUAGGAUUCGCAGUUUAGGCUGUCAAUGUUAGAGAACGGGCUGACAAGCACACGCUGCUUCGUGGCACACGGCGACGAAUGCUCGACAGGAGCGGGUCACCUCGGUGCGUGUUUCUUCAGUGUCGGGCACGACGCCAAACAGAUGAAUCGGUGAGCUCGAUCUUCGCGCGGAAAAACCAACCGAGUGGAGAGUGUGCGUGGACCAAGUGGUGGCCGCUCCUUUAUCUGCCGCGAAUUUCAAGAGGACACGUAGCAAGGUUUUCCGGAGUUUCUUCCUCUCCCGAUCGUCCAGUGCAGAGGUAACAUGCGGACUGCGAGGCGGAGAUAGCGAAAGAGCGCGUUGGGAUUUUGAUGAAUGGCCCCGGCUGCUUUUCGCGCUGAUUUAUCGCGGCAAGGCGUGCCGACAGCUUCGGAAAGUUUUAUUUUCCAAAGACCACGAGGCUGGGGACCGUGGCGAAGAUUUAUGCACCUCGAAGGAACUCGAAUGUCAAAGAAAUGAUCGAGAUGGAGUGGAAGCUUUAAUGUCGUAGAUCGUUUGCGAUGUGGCUGGUCAAAAUCAAAAGGAAAAGCGUCAGGGGCAGGUGAACGCAGAAUGUGUUCGCUUAAGAUGGAAAGAUUGCUCGUGGUCGCGAAAAAGCAGCAGCGAAUGUUGGUCGACAGCGGCUGAUUAGAGAGCGUGAUCUAUGCCAUUGAUCGAUCGACCUGUGCCUUUGGAGAAUUGUUCGAUAAGGAACGAGUCGAAUGUAAAUUUCUUUUAAACGAUCGACGUUUGUGAGCUGGUUGUGAUUCUGUAGAAAUCGAUUGGCAAAGAUAAUUCGCGAUAACAGUGUAGAAAGGAGGGAAAGAAGUCGCUGAGGAAUUGGAUAUUAUAUUUUUGAGAAUAAUUUAUCGAAAGCAUAGAGGUAGCUUAUUUAUGUAUAUAUUCUUAGAAGAAAAUGAAUUGAAACAUCCAUCGACGAAACUUAUUUUUGUAAAGGAAGUACCAAAGGAUUUGGAUACGUAUCGCAAGUAAGAUUUCGUUCGUUAAAACCUGCUUCUGAGAGACUGAUUAUUCACCAAGACCUAAAGUUCAAGAAUUUGCCAAAGAACCUUCUGAAAGUUUACAAACCACUUCGGCGAAGAGUCAGGGAAUACCAUCUUGAAGAGGAAUCGACGAGUACUAAUACAAAAAUAGUCGAGGAUCGUUCGUUCUUCCAGACGCGAGCCAUUUUAAAUUCAUCGGUGUGCCUCAUUCCUGAAAUAAAACGGAAACAGCGCCAUUCGUUGCGAAAUUGACCAACAAUGUAAAUAUGCAACGACUUCCAGUCAACAAAGUCGUCGAUACUCGUUGCUUUACCAAAUUACACAAACAGCUUAUUCUUUGACAAAGUGCUGCCUCUAGAAUUUUUACGUCCUGACUCGACAGAACAGUUUCCUAUUCCAAAGCCAAUAGGCUUUAACUUAAGCUCGGAAGAAGAGAAAAGGAAGAUAAUCUUAGAAUAAGACGCAUGAAGCACGUUAUUAGAUAUUGAUCAAUGCCAGACAAAACGUGUAAGAACCCGUCUCGGAGAAUCGAACGCGUGCUCCCGAUACUAUUCUAAUCCGUGUCCUUGGCCAGUGAGCAUCCAGCGUCGUCUAGAAGCCUGGAACUUGGCCGUGGCCGAUUAAUCGCGCACCGGGGUCUCUCGGCUGUGGCAACAAACCUGAGGAUACCAGGAGGCGUCGAGCACGGGGGCCGAAAAUAAAGAGAGCCACGAUUUUCAUCGGCAAAUAAUCGUACCUCUUCAGUCUUCCCAGGCUUAUCCAACUCGCUGGUCGUAUUUUUGCAAGAAUCCUUCGGAAAUUUAUCUCCUCGAAUGAGCAGGGACCGAAACCACGAACCUGACGACGUACCUAGUUCGAAAGGAAGGGACCAGAAAGAAGGAUCGUCGACCCGUUGCAUAAAGUGGUCCUCGAGUGUCCGAGCUCGGUUUCGAGGAGCAAAAGAGCCGCUGGCUGGCCAUAUCAGAGGCAGAAACAAGAAACAGAGGGAAAUUGGUCCACCUUAUCGACGCACUUGACUCCUUCGCUGUCUCGAGGAGGCUAAUUUUAAGAUCAUCUCGAGAGGAGGACUCCUUCGACCUCUGUGAUGAUCAACGACCAUGGCGCCAGGAGCAACGACCCUGACGAGUCUUUUGUUGUUGCUAAUGGCUGUUGCGAGGUGUUCCCUAACGAAGAAUGUCCUCGCGAGCACUCAGUCGCCAUUCGCCAAGAUUCUGAAGGGUGUCAAGCUACCGGGUGGCUAUAUGGAAGUGAUCCAGGAAGACCAUUGCUCGCACGGCUCUGUUCGGUUGACCUGCAGAUCCCUCAAGGCCUCCAUCUUCGUCCUGAAAGCGGAAUACCAGGCGAAUUUGACACGCAUCUGCGCCUACGACCCGCAGAGGCUGACGAUGAAGAUGAUGUACAAACGUCGAGGUAGCAGUUCGUCGUAUAAGAGAAAGGAACUGAAGGGAAAUUACAUCGACGAUGCUGAUGACGAGCUUCGAUUCGGGGUGGUGGAUGUUAGGCAAUCGUUGAACAGGAGAUGCGCUGGACUGAAGCAUUGCCGUUACAACUUUACCACCGACCAGCCAGGUGCCGUUUAUUGGAAUCCGGCCACUUUGCGGCUAAAAUACGGGUGUAUUCCCGAGGCUGCCGUGAGGAAAUAUUGCAACGAGGAACUGAAGGUGGUCCCAGGCGAGGGUGGCUUCAUAAAUUCACCCGGAUACCCGCAUUACUACCUCGGACAGAAUACGUGCGGCUGGACCUUCAGGUCGGCUCCUGGGCACAGGAUCGUCCUCACGUUCCACGACCUGAAUAUCCGGGACCCAGAAGCAGACGGAAGUUGCGUGGACAUCGUGAGAGUGAGAGAAAAAGGAAGAACGUUGUUCGAGUAUUGCGGUACCGUGGCUGGAGUGAAGGUCGUCUCGAACUCGAACGUGAUCACCCUCGACCUUGUAGCCACGAAGAGCCUGUACACGGCACGGGGAUUCUUCUUGCAAUAUCAAGUGCUAGGGUGUCCGAACGUCUCAGCGCCCAACGGAAGUUACAUAUUGAAUGACACUCUGACUUCGAGGACUUUUCUAUGCAAAUUAGGCACCGUGUUCCCCGACAGCAAAGAAAGGACAAGGAUACUCGAGUGCAAGCACGGGAAGUGGAGUGAGAAUGUCAUCGGCAUACCGAGUUGUACAGCCACGUCGGCGCUGAUCCUGAAGGCAGAGCAGGACCACAAUCGGUUGUCCAGCCUUUCCGGAGACAACACUGCCGGCACGGGGGUUAGAAUCGGACGGGGCGAGGACGCAGUCGCGGUUGGCAACGGGAACAUUAUGGAUUCGGCGCAAUCAGCCAUGAUGAAGCAAACAGACUACGUCGUAGACAUCGUUUUGCCAAGCGUCCUAAUUGCCCUGCUGUUCGUCGGCAACGCCAUCAUCGUGUACAUUAUCUUUCAUUAUAGGAAGAGGAAAGUUCCAUCUGCGGAGCACGGUGAGGAAAUGUCCCUAAGGAACGCGGCUGAAGUACCACAGGUGUGAUUGGCAAGAAGAUCGACGGUUAAGUUCACGGUGCCAGCCAAAAAGCAUCAGCGGAAGGGCCUACGUUGCAUUUUUUCUACGAGGAUGAUCUCCAAAUAAAAAUGUAUCUCUGAAAAGGGAAUCGUCAAGGGGCCUCAACUGCCAUUUCUUUUCUCUGUUCUGAACAUUCACGAAGAAUUCGUUGUCGAGUCCGUCGAGGGAUGCUCGAAAAUCGUGUUCGGUAUAUUCGAUUUCGAUGGUCACACGUUCUCCGAUGGAGAAGCAUAAUUGUAAAAUGUUUCUCCACGCGUUCGAAAUUCGGAGACGCACUCAAAGAAAAGACUAUAAAUGCGCUCGUCGCCGCUCCUAAUAAGAACCGUGGUCAAUAUUUAAGAAACCAGGCGUCUGCUUGCAAGAGAAGGUAGGCAGCUGAAAAAUUCAAGAAAUUAUGAGACUUUGCAUAUAUGAUGUGUAUGUCCUCCGUAACACAAUGUUCUUCUCUUUUCCUUUAUGCCAAGUGAGAUUUCGAGGAAGUGAAAUUAACCUCUAAAUUUUCCGCGUUUUCCCGAUUUUUUACUAUGACAUUUCUGUGCUGCGUGAUACAGCAAAAUUUGGAAUGUACAAAUUUAUUAAAUACUUCGCGUUCUAUCGCACUAUUGUAAAGACAUUUUCAUCGGCGUGCAAUUUAUUUAAAUAAAUAAAUUUUUUACUAUUUUCCAGAUAAAUUCUUAAUGGUAAGAGUUAAAAAGGAUUAAUGUAGACAAAAAUGUCUCGUUUUAAGCGGUCUAACGAAAUAUAACAAUUUUUUCAUUACUGUAUCUCUUAUAUUGAUAUUUUAUUAAAUUAUUUUGCACAGGUUAUGCGGUUGAAUGAAUUAAUGAUUUUCAAAUAAAAUCUCUAAGGUGUUUAUUACGUUAGCAAUAUUAAUUGAAUGCACUUUAAUGAAAAAGUUAACACACUUCUGCAAUUUUCUUCAACUCGGUGAUAAUACUAUUGCAAUUCGGAACUGUGAAUAAGCUACACUCUCGAGAAUAUUUAUAUCUGCCGAAAAAAGUACGAGCACAAAAGCCGAACAAAGUUCAUUAAUCAGCAUUCACAUAUUCGUAAACAAUUAAAAAACAAAGAGAACUUACAUCGGUCAAUGUACCGCAUCAUUCCGCUAUUGUACUGAUAAGUGAGCAGCAAAUACAUAUUGCUCAUUUGUACUCUUGCCAUUUGAGUAUGAUGUUUUCUGCACACGUGCAUAAAGCAUGUAAACUGGAUACAAUUAAAAGUCAUUAAUUCAUUCAAUUUUAUGAUUUGUAUAUGAUAAUCUAAUAAAAUAAUAAUUUAAUUGUAAGUAAUAUAUAUUUCCUAACUGGAUUCCUAAAUUUUACAUGUAUAUUCCUAUGUAUAUAUACACAUCCAAAUAUGCAAUAAAUUUUGUUGAAAAAAAA